UUUUUUUUUUUGGACAGUCUCACUCUGUUGUGCAGGCUGCAGUGGUGCAAUCAUGGCUCACUGCAGCCUCAAAGUCCUGGGCUCAUGAGAUCCUCCCACCUCAGUGGGGACCACAGGCACGCACCACCACACUCAGCUAAUUACAUUUUGAUUCUUAAACACUUCAUGUAACAACAUCUUUCCUGUGUUUUCCUUUGGGGCAAUGACCUAACUAUACAAUUAUUUUGCUUUCCCCAUGGUGCCCAACAGGGAUAACCUAACAAAAACACUUAGUGAAUUUCAUUAUGCAAUCUUAGAAAUAAUUUUCAAAUUUUUGCUUAAUUAUCUAGAUAUCAGUAGCACCAACAGCUUUUCAGAGUUUAUGACAAUGGUCAUUAAUUCUCCUUUUGGGUAUUACCAGUCUGGCCUAAUUCAUUUUUGAAGAUGAUUGUCCUAUUUACCUUUUGCUGUAGAAAUUACAGAGGUGAUUAUUCAAUGGGAAAGGAAAUUAAUAGUACCUCCUUUGUCAGCUUUCUUUACCAUGGAGGGGGUGGAGUGUAAUAAACAAUAGGGGGAGAGAACAUGUAGCCAGGAAGAAAUCUCUGCCUUUUGGGUGCUUUGUGCUUAUACACUGAAGAGCUAAUCUGUGCUGUCAGGUGCCUCUGGCAGGAAUUCUUUGGGGACCACUCCACAAGACACAAUCUCUUGAGUGCACCCUUGCCUACCUGCCAAAAGGUUAUUUUAAAGUAGCUUGUAAACAAAGCUUUUCUAUGUUAGAUUAGCAAUCAGGAUUUUGAAGUAUGAAGCAAAACUGUGUUCUCCAAGAAUCUUCUCCAUAUGGUGUGUCCUAUAUACCAUAACAUCAUCUCCAUUUCCAAUUGAGGAUGGCAUUUAUUAAAAUGUUAUUACCAUAAUCCAGCUUUCCUUUGGUUUAGUAUGUACUUAUUGAGAAGGGCACUCAAAAUACGGCCUUAUUACUUUCCAUCAGUGGCUUUUUGCAACUACAAAUUACUUAAAUGCUUGACAGUAGACCUUUAACAAAAAAGUUAAUUGCACCAAGUAAAUGUCAAUAAUACUAAAUUCAGAAAGCUGUAUUUUUGAUAAGGCAAAUUCAUCUUGUAGGAAACUGUCAACAAGGAAAAUGUUCAGUUGGUAAUUUUCAGUUGGUGUGUAGACAAAUGUAAUUAGCAGAUUCAUUUUUAAAAUUGGAGAUUAGAGCAGAAAUAUAGCUAUGGGACUAAAACAAGUCGACUGGUGGCAGUAUUUUCUCUUGUAACUUGGGAAACAGUUAACCUCUCAAAGUACCUUUACAUCCAGUAACUCAAAAAUGUUACUACUAUUUGGGCAAUAUGUAGUUGUGGAUAAAAUUUAAAAGUACAAGAUAUAAAGAACAUUGAGCAUUUCUGGUGUGCUUAUCCACUGAAAGUUUAAAUUAUCAGCAGAAUUUGUUAUACUUUGGGAUGCAGAUUAACAACUGUUGAUUCUCCAUAAAAAUGUUAGAAUGUAGUGGGUUGGAUGAUUACCUUGGUUGGUUGAAUGAAGUGUUUCGGAAAAUAAAAUCAUAAUGCAAUUAACAUGUUAUGAUUAGUUUCUCCAUAAACCAAGAUUUGACAUAACACCCCAGAGGUUUUCAUUAUUUAAGAAAACAAGCACUUAAUAAAGCUUUGAAUUUCCUCUGCUUUGCUAUCAAGAAAAGCAUACUUAGCCAACAUUCAAGUAUUUUCUGCAUCUUAAGAUUCAAGAUAAGGUUCUUCACCGCCCUUUCCACAAUGAGGCCGCUCCAUCCUGAUGAGAUCAGAUUAAGUAAGGUUAUUCUCAAGGCUAAACCAAACCCAAUCAAGGUACAUAUAUCAGAUCACUUUUGAAUGAUAAAAGCAUCGAACUCCUGCUGAAGGGUUUGGUUGGUUUAAAGAACUGCCUUUUUUUUUUUUUAACAGAGCAUCAGAAAACCAUACAAAAUUGUGAUUACAUUAUAUUCAAAACUAUCUAUUCUGUACAAAUACACAUCAAUUUUCAAAGAAAAGUACUAAACCUGACCACUUAUUUCCCUCAGUGAAAAUAAAAUGCAAAAAUACAAGUAUCUGGUUUUCCACGCAGACUUCAGGAUAUUAGAACACUGAGUAUUUUCAUUAGUUAUCCAAACUACCUUUUUACUCUAUGCAAAGAUAUUUUGCUAUUAGGAGUAGUGGCCACUCAGGAAUCAAAAUGAGUGUUAGUAGAUUUUAAACUCAAAUCUAGAAACCACACUUUCAAUUCCUAGUCCUCUUCUCCCAUACAAAACCUCAAAGAUGUAAGUACCACAUAACAUUGGAAUCAAAGGUCAUAAAAACCAAAAAGCUAACCCACCACCACAGCAGAAUCUGAGCCCCAAGGUUAAACUAAAAAGAAAAAAAAAAACAACAAAAAACAAAACCAUUCACAGCACACUGUACAUAGAAUUUAUUUGUUUGCCUCAUACAUUAAAAAAUCAGAAUAGUGCAAUUACCUACAAAUAAAUUCAAUCUUCUCAUUCACGGAGUUGGAAAGUUUAAAGAAAAACUUUAAAUUGCUUUGGGUUCACAUUUUUGAAGACACGCUCAGAUUUACUAAGACAGCAUAUCAGAAACCAGAUCUAAAAUGUUAAGGCAUAAACUUUAAUUAUCAGGUCUACUUCUGCCCCUACAAAGCCAGUUCUGCAGAUCGCUCAUUCCACUCCAACCUACAGCUAAAGACUGAAGUAAAACAGGUACACACUAAAUCUGGCAUUUAACUGCUGAAAGAAGCGUUAGAAUUCUUCAGGGUGAAAAAGUUAUCUUACACAAUUCCAUUCCUUCCUUCAAGAGAAGGAAUCCAAUGGCUUAGCUCUUCCCCCACCUUUAAAAAAGAUCGCGGUCCACCCCACUCCCCUCAAUUCCUUCUUCCAGGAAAAUGUGAAACUAACGGUUUCCGUGCUGGCCGCGCCGGCCGGGCGCCGAGGCUUCGCGGGCUGUCCCCAGGCAGCGCCCCGGAAAACAAAGGGGAUUCCCAGCCAUUGUCCUCCGCGGCGCUGAGCAUCACCAGCACUAGCAAGGCAGUAGCUUGCGCAGUUAUCUCCACAGCGGGCAAUGUCACAACCCGACCAACAGCACAAACUACUACCUCAGCCAGGGCCAUGGUGUAGGGGAGGCACGGGACCACGCGGAGGGCAGCAAAGCGGCUCCGGCGCUUCUCCGUCCUUCCUCGCCGCCGACGUCGGCCCGCCGUCCCUUCUUUUCCUUUCCCUUCCCCGUCGCGCCGCGCCCGAAGACCCCGCCCAGCACCCAGCGCCUCGGCUCCUCCCGGCGCGCCCCGAGAGCUACGGGGAUCAGAGGCGGCGCCGGCGCCCGGGUGUUACAGCCGGCGUUCUCUACGUCAGCCACCGCUCUGAAGAAGGGCGCCGGUGUCCUGCGAGGAAAGCCGCUCCCUCCACUGCCCGAGGGGAGCGCGUUGCCUCACCGCUCGAAAAAAGGAAAUGGGCGGCAAAAGCGCAGUCAGACACCAACUGGUUCUGGACGGCCCCCGAGAGGCAGCGAGCAGCGCUCCCGCGCUUCGCCCGCUAGGAGCUGCCGCCACGUCCCGAGCUGCGCCGUUCGCGCCCCUCCCUGCUCCGAGCCCCCGGUGGGGGCUGGGCUGUGGCCGAGCCCGGCACCCGGGCCCCCACCCGCGCCGCGCUGCCGCACCCGCCGUCGGCCCGCUCUCGGCGCCGACAAUCGCCGGGGCGCAUCCUGCAGAGGCGGCCGCCGGCUCCGCCAAACAGCAGCCAAGGCAUAGCCGGGAAGUCCCCAGGCCACCGGUUCCCCAGAACCCUUCGGGGAAAUCCCGUUCAGUUCUGCAGGAGGCGAAAACGGAACAAACGAAAACCCCUUAACAGUGAAACCGGGCCAGUCGAUGGCCCGGGUGGCGACGGCGACGACUCGACGCGUGCGGACACGAGACCCGUCUCGCGCUCCGCUGCUCCUGUGCGUCCGGACGAACCUUAGAGAUCACUUAAGGAGGCUCGCGCGCUACUCCUCACCACGUGACCGCCCCACCAGGCGGCCCCCCGCGCCGCCAUCUUACAUCCGGGACAGAGGCGGCGUCCCUUUUCCCCGCCUUGGCAAGCUUCGACGUGCCACCAGAAAUCAGCCCCGAAAGAGGGGACCCCGAUUCCACGUCACCGGAGUGCUGAGGCAACGGGCGAUGCCCUCCGUCGGCUCAGCGGGGAAAAGUGGAGUCCCAAACUUUUUUCGGCCUUUGCCCGCAAAGAAGAUGGCGGCGCAUACCGCCGCCUAAGCGGACACGUUGUACCCUGGCCGUGGUUUGAAGUUUCCGGCACCUCCUUUCCCAUCCAGCAAGGACACAAUCAUACGAGCCCCACCCACGGGGGGUGGCUGCUGAGCUACAUUCCGCAGGAAACAGGCGGGAAGGCUGCGGCACAGCUCGCUUUAAACGCAAGCUUCUGGGACUCGUGGUUUUGGCUUUUUCUUUUUAAACCAAGUUAGGGAGAAGGCUGACUGCCAUGGAGCCACUUCUACUUUUGGCCCAGACAACUUACGGGAUUUUUUUUUUCCCUCCCAUUUAGAGAUUUUUUGUAGGAAGUUAACAAAUUAUUUUAAAGAAAAAGUUAGGGCUUGUCAGAUAAAAUACAGGACGCCCGGUUGAAUUGGAAUUUCAGAUAACCAGUGUUUUGGCAUAUAUGUGUUACAUAUAUUUUUAAAAUUGUUUAUCUGAUAUUCCAAUUUAACUGUGCAUUCUCAAUUUUUAAUGACUGAUGUGGCAGCCCUAUCAGCCUUACCCCUCAAAAUCCAUACUCAUGACAAAAGUAAGGAAUGGAGGGAAAUGAAAAGCAUGUUUAGCUACAACUUAGAAUUGUCUUUGCCCAGACUUUGAUCCUUCGUAUCCUUGUAUAAUUCCCUUUCUGGCAAAAUAAGAUUUUUUUUUCUUAAGCUAUUACGAUGUAAUGUUGGACAACAGAUCCUCCUGGCCAAGAGGUUUAAUUGCAGAUUAAAAAUUAAAUAACUGG